GCCUAUCGCCAUGGAGCCGCCGCCCUCAGGAGCUGAGCCGAUGACCCUUGGCUCCCCGACGUCUCCAAAACCAGGAGCUAGUGCCCAGUUCCUUCCUGGGUUCUUGAUGGGUGAUUUACCUGCCCCGAUGACUCCUCAGUCCCGUGCCAUUAGUGGCCCUUCAGCUAGUGUUAUGGAAAUGAGAUCUCCGCUGCUUGCAGGAGGCUCUCCCCCCCAACCAGUAGUCCCUACACAUAAAGAUAAAGGUGGUGCUCCACCAGUUAGAAGCAUAUAUGAUGAACUGUCCAGCCCUGGGCUUGGGUCACCUCUAACCUCAAGAAGACCAGCCAGCUUUUCUCUAACACAGAGCCCCUUGGUUGGAACUCUGCCAUCCACUCCUGGAGCAGGUAGAUGUGUGUUUAGUCCUGCAAGUAUUGGCCAGCCUAGGAAGACUCCUCUGUCUCCUGCUCAGUUAGAUCCUUUUUAUACUCAAGGUGAUUCCUUGACCUCAGAAGAUCAGCUUGAUGACACAUGGGUAACUGUAUUUGGAUUUCCUCAAGCAUCAGCUUCGUAUAUUCUUCUGCAGUUUGCUCAGUAUGGAAACAUAUUAAAGCAUGUGAUGUCCAACACAGGGAACUGGAUGCACAUUCGGUACCAGUCGAAGCUGCAAGCACGCAAAGCCUUGAGCAAAGAUGGAAGGAUCUUUGGUGACUCCAUCAUGAUUGGUGUCAAGCCAUGCAUAGAGAAAAAUGUGAUGGAAAACUCUGAGAGGAGCUCUACACCCUCAGCACCUACAGUUUUCACUACACCUCCCAAGUCCAUUGGCACACCAGUGCUAGCUGCAAAUAAUACAACCAGGAUUUCUACAAUGAGACCUCUUGCAACAGCAUACAAAGCUUCCACCAGUGACUAUCAGGUGGUUUCUGACAGACAGACUCCUAGGAAAGAUGAAAGCAUUGUAUCCAAAGCAAUGGACUAUGUGUUUGGCUGGUAAUACACAAGAAGUAGUAACACACUAAGCUGGGCAGGGCUUGACCUACACUACUGGCACCUGUGGUUAGUUGUAUAACUACUGGUGUGGCAGUAUUUUAACUUCUCUCUCUCACCUAUUAUGCCUUCAGUUAAUUCAGCAGCCAUGUAGCUUGCACUUUAAAUGGUGGCCAUGUGCAGGUGGUUUUAAA